AUGGCAUUUUCUGAAACCCAUCUCCAUAUGCCCAUUAGAUCUAUAAGUCUCCCAUCAAGAAUCCAUACUCCCUCAGCUAAAUUCCAAGCUGCACUCUCUCAACUACACACUUGCCAUAACUCCUCAUCCUCUGAUUCUCAAUCUCUUCAAAUCUCAUUACUCAACCUCUCUGAGCUUUACCAUUCCCUCCACCAGCUCAACCACUCUCUUCCCACCGCUCAAGCUGAACGUUCUCUUGACGUGUCAACCACGUUACUAGACUCUUGUGACGCAGCGAGAAACCUUAUCCUCACUCUUAAAGAGCAUCUCCUCAACCUUCAAUCUGCACUUAGGAGAAAAGGCAAAUCCAUGGAGGUUCAGAUCAAAGAGUACUUUGUAUUCAGAAAAAAGAUCAAGAAAGAGACUAGCAAGCUUAUUCUUGGCCUCAAGAAGCUGGAUGGCUCUGAGACCACUACGUUGGCUGUUUCCCUCUUUCGAUCUCUUUUCACGUUUCUGUCUACAGCAUCUUCCAUGAAGACAAACACAUGUACUCUCAGAUUUGUCUCUAAGCUUAUUGGUGGUGGUGGUCGAUCGUCUUCAAUAAUGAGCGAGUUGCAUAAUUUGGAUUUGGUUUUGCGUUCGGAUGGAGACAACUCCAUGGAAGUGAAGAAGGCUCUGGAGAUAUUAGAGGAGAGAACAGAGGGACUUGAAGCUGCACUUGAUUCUCUUUUCAAGUCUCUUGUUCAAUAUAGAGUUUACUUGCUUAACAUUCUUACAACACACUAUUAG